AUCCUUGGACCUGACCACCCAGACACCCUCUUAAGUGUCUGCAUCCUGGCUCUCGUGCUACAAUCCCAAGGAAAGUACGAUGAAUCAGAGGUGAUGAAUCGGCGUGCACUGGAGGGGCGCGAGACGGUUCUUGGGCCAAACCACCCAAGCACCUUGACAAGUGUCGACAACCUAGCUAUUGUGCUAGAAUCCCAAGGAAAGUACGAUGAAUCAGAGUGGAUGAAUCGGCGCGCACUCGAGGAUUCGGAGAACAUUCUUGGAAUUGACCAUCCAGACACCCUAAUAAGUGUUAGCAACCUGGCUCGUGUGCUUCGAAUCCAAGGAAAGUACACCGGAUCACAGACUAUGUACCGGCAUGCACUUCAGGGGUGCAGCAAG